GCAACGGGUAGAACUCGAUCGAAACUCGAGGAGUUGACAUUUAACAGAGCCUGGAUUGCGACUGACAUCAUUCAUUUCACCUGGCGUGGGAGCCUUAAAUUUAAGACAGCAAAAGGGACUCUGACAUGCAAGUUCAGAAAUCACCAAAGGAAAAGGCGUGUUACCCUCUGCCCACAGUGAAGAAACUCCUGGAGCAGAAGAGAAAGAGAGAGACCUCCUCAGCACCCCCCUCCUGCUCUACAGUGUCUUAUACUGCUGGUGGCACUGCAUCUGUCCCAGUUUUGACAUCUGUACAAUCUCACGCUGUCGGAGCCAGUGCAAGCUACCCAGACAUGGGAGCAGUUGGAUACGACCAAUGGGAAGUGUCAAGCAUGCAUCAGCCCCAUUCUUCCCUGCAGCAUUGCAGCUCAAUCACUUUCAUGUCCACUUCAUCUACUGCAGUAAACUUACCCCAGACUGCCUACAGCAGUCAACAGAUGCAGGACUGCCAGGAUGUCCAGACAGCACAGCAAUUUAGCUCUGGCUAUUGUUGGCCGUCUGUAUCCAGAGUAGAAGAUCAUGCAAGCCCAUACAUUCUCCAAGAGUUCAGGCCCCAGAUAGAUAUGGUCAAGCUACAGGAGACUCGAGCCUUGCUGCAGAACAUGGAUUACACCUGGCAGGAUGACGAUGGCGACACGAUUCUACAUAUAUGCACUGCUAAAGGUCUGAGAGAAUAUGCAUUUGCUGCCGCAGAGAAACUUUGUGGACUGGGGAAGUUGGACUCCAAGGAGCACAAGGGCAAGACUGCUUUGCUGGUGGCUGUAGCAGCUAAUCAGCCAGAGAUAGUCCAGGACCUACUCUCGCUUGGUGCAGAUAUCAGCGCCAUUGAUGUCAAUGGUCAGACUGCACUUCAUCUGGCUGCCACCUAUGGUUUCCCCCGAGUCAUGCAGGUUAUUCUCUCCACGGGACUCCAAGUGAACAUGGAAGUUGGCAAUUUUGAAGGUCUGACUCCUCUGCACUGUGCAGUGAUCUCUCACUGUGGCACAAUGAAGGCUAUAAAUGCCUCUUCCUCAUCCUCGACAUGGCUAGCUGAUGGCAGUCUACAGACUCAAGCAGAAGAUAAACAAAUGUGCUUGCGGCUACUUAUAAAUGCUGGAGCAUCGGUUCUCAGCCAGGAAAUCAAAAGCAACAAGACAGCUCUUCACCUAGCCGUGAAGGAGGGGAAUAUCCAUCUUGUGCGAUUCCUCCUGAGCCUCCAACUCUCCAAUAUGCAGACUUUCAUCAACAUGAAAGCUCAUGGGCACACAGCUCUGCACAUGGCUGCAGGACUGCAUGGAAGCCCCCAUCAGGAGGAACUGAUCAGACUGCUGCUGAGUCAUGGAGCUGAUCCCAGCAUCCGCAACUUGGAGAACGACCAGCCAGCUCAUCUACUGCAGAGCGGAGACAAAGGAGAGAGACUCAAGCUAAUCUUGAAGAAGAAAAGUGCCUCCUCUAGGCGGCGUUUUACAUCCUUACAGGACCAAGAGUGACUAGGACUACUUUUUAGACCCAGCGUACCCCACCUUCUCCAACAGAGAUUUAACCAUCUGGAUGAAACGAGAGUGUGCACAAGAAACUUCAAUCUUCAAACUGUAAUUGAUCAUCAAGAUGUAGAUAAGAAAAAAAUAUGGAUUGAUUACACCUUUGUCAAAAUAGCCAAAUAAUGAAGGAUUUUGCAAUUUUACAAAUAAUUGCAGCAAAUAGUCAAUCUAGACAAUAAUGAAUGUAGACAAUCUCUGGAGAAGGAUGGUUGCAGUAUCCUCUUAUGAGGAUUUUCACAUAUUGCAUCAUUUUAGUAUGACAGAUAACUUUUGCGCAGGAUCAUUCAUCGAUUCUGCACCAUAAAACUGCAUUUGAGUUUAUUUAUAUGCUCACUCAGCAAUUGGGUGUAUCCUUGUAGUAGCAGGAAGAAAGCAAACAUUCAUUACUCUGUUCAUUACUUGUGAUUUCAGUGAAAUCGUCAUGAGGACUGUCAGUACCAGACCAAUUUCCACCUUUAAUUAUAAACCAUAUUGGUUUGUUUAUGUGAGUAGCUGAGCUCAGGACAUAAAGUCUACUGUAUCAGUGGGUAUUCUUUAUUUGUUUUCAGAUGUAUUUAUAUGGCUUUUAGUUGGUAUAUGUUACGUAUUAUCCUUUAUGUUCUCACAAAAGAGAGUAUGUGUAUAUCUUUUUUAUACAAUAUGUUACGUUCACUCAGGGGGGAAAAUCAGUUAUUUAUUUCAAUGUUUGAUAUGAAUGGCAGUAGUUGUCUAUGUAAUGUGCUUUCUCAGUAGCACACUUGUUAUCAUAGACAUCCUUACAGGAGAUGUGUCAUCUCACCAUAUAUGUGAAUGUGUUAUUUUGAUGAGUCAUAAGAGGGGGCUGAAAUGUCAGGGGGGUUCUGAGGUAAGACAACUCACCAGUCUAGCUGGUGUUGUCUUUAAGACCUGCUGGUAUUAAAAUGUCAUAACCAUCAAAAUGAUUCAACUACUUUAAUUCAGUGGAAUACUAUGAAAGGACAUUUUUAAAAUGGCAAGUGUCCAUCUUGUAUCAAGAUUUCAAAAGCUGGAGGUUUUUGUUGUUGUUGAGUCAGAGAUGUUUGAAGAAGGGCCAACGAAUUUAUCACAUGCAUGAUUCACCAUGUUGAAGUACCCAAAGUCCCUCAGGAAAUUCAAAUGAGGGAAAACACAUUCUAAUGUCACUUUCUUGUAAAACAAAGAGAGGUUUGUGGAUUUAUGAGAAAUGGUUCACAAAGACAAAUGCAAAUGUCCUACUAGUGAAUUCUUGUGUAAAUAUUGCUCAUUGUUUUAUGAAACAUUGCCACAGCCGUUACAUUGGAAACACCUCCUAAUGAAGGAAACAAAACCACAUUCUGUGAUCAUAAAUGGUAGCAUUAAAUGUACUUCAAUAUAUGUAUAAUGUUUUACAAGCUAUUGAUAUAAUUGUUAAUGAGAUGGACAUCAGUAACCAGUUAGUUACAUAAUUACCGGUAAUUA